AUGGCUAUAGUAUUGAGAUUUGUUGACAAAGAAGGUUUUAUUUGGGAGCGAUUUUUUGGGCUUGUGCACGUCUCAGACACCAAGGCAGCAACAUUACAAAAAGGAAUAUAUUUAGUAUUAUCCAAUCAUAGUUUAGAUGUUCAAAACAUUCGAGGUCAAGGAUACGAUGGUGCCAGUAAUAUGCGAGGUGAGUGGAAUGGACUACAAGCAUUGAUUUCAAACGAUUGUCCUUAUGCUUACUAUGUUCAUUGCUUAGCACAUAAAUUACAAUUGGCUUUAGUAGAAGCAUCAAGAGGAGUUAUUCCUAUUCAAAAGUUUUACACUCAAUUGACUUUUAUUGUCAAUAUUCUUGGUGCUUCGUCCAAGCGUAAUGAUGAAUUUCAAAUCGCUCAAGGAGAAGAGAUAGAGUAUUUGACUUCAAUUGAUGAACUCAAAACCGGAAGAGGACUCAACCAAAUUGGAACCUUGCAGCGUGCUGGAGAUACUCGUUGGAGUUCACACUUCAAAUCUAUUUCUAGUUUGAGAAAAAGGUUUGGCCCAGUUUGUCAGGUUCUUAUAAACAUAAUUGAUGAAGGGAAAAAUACUCAAGCAGGAGAUGCAGAUGCAGCUUAUGAGUCAAUGACAACGUAUCAGUUUGUCUUCAUAUUACAUCUCAUGGAAGAUAUUAUGGAGAAUACCAAUGAACUUUGUCUAGCUCUACAAAGUAAAUCCCAAGACAUUUUGAAUGCCAUGAGACUCGUUUCUGCUACUAAAGUGUUCCUUCAAAAGUUGAGAGAUGAUGGAUUUGAUGGUAUAUUUAGCAAGGCAAAAUCAUUUUGCGAGGCACGUAAAAUAGAGAUACCAGAUAUGAAUGUUCGUUAUAUUGGAAGAGGAAGUCGAGCUCUCAAAGAUGAUUGGACAGUUCUGCGUUAUUACCAGGUAGAUAUAUUUUAUGCUGCCAUAGAUUCUCAAUUGCAAGAACUAAAUUACCGGUUUAACGAGCGUUCUGUAGAACUACUUAUUCUAAGUUCAGCUUUGGAUCCUAGUGAAAUAAAGGGUUCAUUCAAGAUAGAGAACAUAUGUCAGUUGGUAGAAAAAUUCUAUCCACAAGACUUUACAGAUCAUGAGAAGCUGCAACUUAAGAAGCAACUAGAAUUUUUUGAGUAUGAUGUAGUUCGAGAUGAAGAGUUCAAAGGUUCUUCAAUUUGGGGGUUUGGGUGGUCGAGGAGGGGACUCAGGGAGGGAGGGGAUGGCAUUUGGGGUCAAGGUUUCAGAUUCGGGGAUGAGGUUCGCUACCGCCUCGUCGCCACUGAUUCCUUACGCGCUAAGGCCAGAGUGAUCGAUGGAGAUUCCAGAGUGAGGAGAUUCUUCAGUUCCGGCAACAAUCGUGUUGUCUCUGCGGUCUUGGCAGAGUUGGAUUUGAGCCUCGAUGAGUUGUACUUGUUCAAGUGCCUCGUCGCCGCCGACCACGUGUUCAAAUGCCUUUGCUGGUCAUUACUUCCGCCACUAAUUCGACUAUGGAAACUGUCAAAGGAAAAGAAAAUUGUCUAA